UGAAACUCUAGCUAAAACUAAAUCUAAGAUCUUGAGUAAAGUGCGAAGUUCGAAAAGCCCAGAUUUGUAUAGAGGUUCGAACGGUCCACUUUUUAUUGCUAAAACUUUUUUAUCUGAAUGUUUACUAAAUUACUACCGGUACUAUAUUGUAGGGAGGUGAAAUUCCGGAACUUCCGGUGUCCAAAAAAUGACAUAAAAACUUGAGACAAGAGUUUUCCUUACUGCUACAUAGGUCUUUGUUUGAAAUUGAUUAUGCUCACUAUAUAUAAAGAUAUCAUUGCUAAAAAGAGUGAAUUCGAUUACUUUUGAUGAUGGAGAACAUUUUUGUCUUUAAAAUUUAACAAUUUUUUGAAAAAAAAAAAUGUAUUUAAAUAUUUUGCAUUGAAAGUAUAUACAUUUUUAUUUUUGCUGAUACUCAUCACAGAAAAGUCGUACCCUGUUGAUUUUUUUCCUGCUAAUAGUACAUGUGUCUGACUAUAUUCCUACCAAUUUUCAGAUCGAUCUAUUGUCAACAUUGAACAAACUUGAAAAAAAUAAAAUAACAUUGACCUUAAUGGACUUUUCAGGCUAUGCAUUUGACAGAGCCAGAAUGUAUUGGUUGUUAAAAUGGAUGUGAAGAUGAAAAGUCAUCUGACUGCUGUCAGAAAGAGCACUAGAACCAUUAAAAAAACUCAGCGUGUCUUGGAGAGUGCUGACAGCAGCCUGGAUGACCUGUUGGAUAAUCCUCCUAAAAAGCCCAGAACAAGCUCAAAACCUAGACGAAGAAACAUUGACUACUGCAAAGAUGGCACACCUUUCAAGUGCAGUCUUUGUGAGAGUUCAUACAUCAACACCAGUGCUGCUAAGGCCAAGAAGAGGAUGGAGAAAUUCCCCAUUGAAAGAGAAAGGAAUGGCACCACCAUGUUGCUCUGUGUCAAGUGCUCUAUGGCUAUAACACUUUUGGAUUGUAAGAAACCAUCAGCUGAAGAACGUGAAAAAUUUGAGGAAGAGGGCAAGCAGUUUGCAGAUAGCUGGGUCAAGUUGUUGAACGAGCCUGAAGCUUGCCGACUCUACUGCUCCCUUUACUCUUCCUCUAAAUGUGGAUGUAUACAGAGUUAUGUCAAUGGCACGUUAGCAUUAACAAGGAAACGAAAGAACAGCCAUUCAAUCUCUGAGAGUGGCCAAAGUGAUGCGUCUGAGACUGUGUCUGUGAACACUGAGCCUUCUGAACAGUCUGAGCCUAGUGACCGAAUGAAAUAUCUUGUGAGUCUCCUCAAACAAUCUCAAGCCAUUAAAGAAAAGCUGCAGAAAAAAAGGAGUUUCACUGAUGAAGAGGUGAACAGUUUAAACAAGAGCCUUGACCAGUUUGUUCUGUCCAACAGAGUUAAGUUAAUGAACUUGGGAAUCUGUGAACGGGGCUGCCAGAGAGUGUUAUGUUACUCCAACAAUUUCUUGCGUAAAAAGACUGCCAGCUAUAGCCAGGCAAGGCUACAAAAAACUAAACUUGCAACUCGUCUUGCCAACUGCAUAGAUCUCCAGGAGCUACACAAAAUAAAAUGUUGCGAGAAGGAGUGUUGUUUGGUGACAGCCAACAGUCUUGACAAAUUGAAAGAAUGGAGAGAGCAAUCUCAGGUCAGCCAGAACGACAUGUGGAAAGUUAUUGCUGAAAUGUUUGGCUCUAAAUGUACUGGGUCCCAAACUGGUCACUGCGCCAAGUUUAUCAAGAUGGUGACCGGCUGCUGCAACACUACCAUACAGAAAGUCUACUUCAACAUCCUGCUAGCUAAAGGGGACACCAGGAAACCAGAGCAUGGAAUGAAGCAUCAUUGGAAGAGGCAGAGAAAAAAUAGUACUAAGAGCUGUGAAGAGGUUCUUCAUAGCUCUUCAAAGGGACUUGCUAAGAAAAUGAAAAUAAUUAGAAUCAGUAAGGACAAACAGCAGUCUGUGACCUUCGCAUUGACAGAGUCUACACACCUCAAACCUGAUGUGACAUUGACAGAGUCUACACACCUCAAACCUGUGAAUGUGACAUUGACUGAGCCUCCACAAUCAGUAGCAUUUGUAGAAACUAAACAGGCAGUAAUGUCUACUGUUAAUAAUGUGCAGCUUCCAAUAGAAGCUAUGCCCACUGCAGCUGCUCCAGUCUGUGGUCAGAUUUCUGCUAUAAGUUCUGAAGGGAGUCCAGGAAAUCAACUCACUAUGACAAGUCUACCAGUUGCUCAACAAGUCAGCUCCAUGAGCUGUCUCUCUGCCACAGCAACAACAGAGAGCUCCAGCCAGCCAGUAGACAUAGAACAAACAUUGAAGAAAGCAAUACCCCAGCUGUGUGGCAAUCUUGAAGAUGUCAAUUCAACUAUAAAACUGUUGGAGCUUGUCACUGGACUUGUAGAAAUACAGAGACAGAAAGAUAGUCAACAAUUACCUCAGCAGUCUUUGACUGGUCUGGUCGGUAGAGUGCAGACAGGAGACAGUAGCUCAGCUGCAUUGACCACUUCUGGCCAACUUCACAUACAGAGUAAAGUUCCUCAACCAGUUCCAGCCAAAUCUGGUUCUACCAUGGCCCACAGUACUUUCCUUAAAAAAACUGAAACUGUGACUCUGGUCAGUUCACCAUCAUCCAGGGCGUCAUUCACAGAUCCGAUGUGUACAACCUCUAUGUCCUUAAGACAAAUACACUCUUCUGCAGGUCCACCGGUACCAGCAACAUCACUAGGAUCACUUAUCACAACCACCAUAAAUUCAUCUCAAUUAGAACCAGCUCCAGUUUCCAGCCUAGACAUGACUCAUCUUCAAGCUGUCACUAUAAAUCCAGCUCCCUCACAGCUACUGGGCACUGGAAAUUAUGUCCAGAUAUUAGCCAACAACAUGUCUCAACUGACCAGUGGUCAACAAAGACUGGUCAGUGGCAAGCCUCCGCCAGGCACCACCUCAUUUAUUUUAACAGGCCAGCUUAAACCUGACAGCUAUGAAAACAAGGAUAACUCUGCUUUUAGUUCCCAAACAAGUCUCGCAACUCUGUUGACCUCCUCUAAUCCAAUAACUCAGACCAUAGCAACAUGCACUGAGACACAGGCUCUGGAGUCCAAUCAAUUUUUGAACAGUUCGUCCCAUUCUGUCACUAGUCACAAUGCCCAGCCAUCUACAAGUUUUGAAACUGGUUUUACUGUACUCAAGCCACCAACAUCAGACAAUAUAGUUAGCUCUGACUCAAUAACUCAGUCAAUGUCUCAUCCACCUUCACAGCAGUUCAGUCUGAUUAGUUCCAAUAGAGAGUCCAACAGUACAGCUGUGCCAGGCAGCUCCAGUGUCCAACAUAAAUAUACUUCUAGCAUUGUAUGUGGGACAACAUCUGGAAACCUCUCUACCAAUGUGUUAGACCUGAGAGAUAGUGUUAAUUAUAGUUCUUCAAUUAUCUUCUGUGAUAGGCCUGUGCUACAACCUGACAAAUCAUUUAAACCAGUUUCAAAUGUGAAUGUAGUACACUCACAGGCCAAAAGAGCCAUUCUAUUCAGUGAUGAUACUAGUAACAAGGAUCAGACAAAUAUGACUUAUAACACAGUUAAUGCUCCACAGAAUAGCAACACUAUAAACCAUAAAUCUCAUGCUGUACCAGAUUCCAACCUUUCUCAAUCCCCUAUUUCUUUGACCUCUCACUUGGUUUAUAAUCAAGAGCUACAAGAAAUUUUAGCCGAGCAAAGGCUAAAAACUAGCAGCGGCUUAAGUUUGACAUCAUCGCUACAAAGCAACAUGCCAUCCAACAUUCCCAUAGAGACACCUUCUUCCUGUGGUUCAGGUUCCUCUGUGUUUGAUGCCUUGGUAGAUUCCCCUUUGAAAGAUAGUAGCCACCAAGUGUUUCCUAUGGCUCAACCUUCUACUAAAGGCUCUCUACUGUGUGAGAUGCUUCUUAGAACGGGGUCAUUGCCUGGCUUGAGUGUAUCUGAUAGUCACAGUUCUCCUCUUCCCAUUUCAACUACAUCAACUGCUUCAGAAUCUCAAAGACUUUUGAACUUCAGGACCAUAGCAGUCUCAAACACAAACUCACAAAAUGCUGUGAAUGAAUGCUUCAUACCUUGUUCCAGUCAAAGAACAACAGAGAAUGCUCCUACACCUGGACAGUUGAAUGGCUCUCAAGUUGGGAUUCCUAAUGAUUUAGUGAAUCAGCCUUCCUUGAAAAUGAAUAGAAUGUACAAAACAAGAGAUCCUCCUCAAGUAGGGAUUGUAAAUCCUUACAUCUCAUCAACCCUGGAUUCAGUCAGCAAUCAGUCAAGCUUAAUUAACACUUUGAUUGCUAGUGGUUCAACAGUUGUCAAUGAGGUAGAUGACCAGAGAAGGGGAGAUCAAUCUGUUGUUUUAAGCAACAACCAAGCAAGACAUACACAGCAAUUUCUUAAUCACCAACCUCUCAGAACAAAUUCAGUAUCCCAGGCUGAACCAAUCAGUCUGCAGGCAAUGUUGGAAGGAGUACAUGCAACUGUUCCUUCAGUUACUGGCCUGUUUGACAGGCAAAGUAGCUCCACUGUUAGCGAGCCUAAACUUAAUGUGACUGCCACUGCACCUCCAGAGCAGCCUGUCAAUCCAGUUAGCAAUGACAUCCCAAAUGUUCAAAGUCAUGUUAUGAAUACUGCAUCAAGUAACUCUGAUUUAAGUCAAACUAUUCUUAUCCCUGUCAGUGCAGCAGGUCAGCACAGUGGACCCUUGAUGUACUCUGCUAUAUUAUGUCCAAGUAAUGGCCCAAUUAAACUGGUGCCAGUCAUGCUAGCCAGUGAUCAGAGCAUGCCAGUAUUUGCUCCUAGUGCGCAGCCUAUAGAAGAAGUGGCUGUAAUGGGUGCCCAGUCACAUUCUCACCAGACCAGCAAUUUAGCCACAGCAACAAAUAUAAAUCCAGCUCCCAGAGUUGCCAUGCAGACUUCACUCCCUAGCAAUCUGUCUCAACAAUUUCUCCUUAGCCAGGGAAAUGACCAUCAAAGCAGCUCAUCCGCAGUGACAUUGAGCCUCAACAAUAAUCUUCAUUUAUAUCUUAGUCAGUCAGAUGUCUUGAAAGCCCAGGUAAUGCCCAAUACAUCAGCGACUCAGAUGAUACCCCGGACACAAACUGUCCAACUGAUGCCCCACACUCAAGCUGUGUCUGCCCAUUCCAACAGUGAACAAGCCAUUCUACCAUCUGGGAACUUAGCUAGUCUUGCUCUGCCUUGGCAGUCACUUGGAACAGUCCAUGAGAGCAGUAGGGAGUCCAAGUCUUCUGUCACAUACAUGUCUGGACCAGAAUCUCAACUUGGUACAGAACUUACAGAACAAUCAACAAUUUCUACAGGGCUGCAAAUCCCUAAACAAAAAUGGUCCUCUGGCUCUGCCAGUUUUUCCACAUUGUCCUUAGGAAGCUCUUCUGAAGAAGAAAGCAAAGUAUUCACCAAUUCAACCUCUCUUCCCGAAACUUUGAAUCAGAUUAUGAAUAGCAGUACAUUCAGUUUGAUACAUGCACCACAAGUGGUAAUGAAUGCAGAACUAACACCCCAUGAAUCUCAGCCAAUCAUCCACAAUGGCAAAUGGUCCUUGAGUAAACCUGAGAUGGGUAGGUUCUCUGAGGAUACUCAAGAUGCCUAUUUAACUCAGAAUGUACAAUUACAUUCUCUAAGAUCUGAUGUCCCUAAGUUCUCCACCAACAAAGGUGCAAAUGUCAGUGAGAGCCAAACUGUGUUACCUAUUUCCGUUCAGAAUUCUUCAUCUUUACUUCAGAAUACCACAUCUGUUGUACUUGAUUCCAAUUCUGGUAACUUUCUAAUAUCUGGAAAUCAACAAAGAUUUCUAGGAUUGAAAAGUGAGUCUACAGUAUCACAGACAUCUAGUGCAUUACCUAGCCAAAAUUGUACAUUUCUACUAGUACCUGAUCAGCCUAACUAUCCAACAUAUCAAAUAGCAAUGAACCCUGGUGACCUUCUAACUUCUAAUGGUGAUAAAUGCUUUCAGAACAUUCUGUCAGGCUCUCUUCAGUCACAAACCUUUGCCCAACAAACUACAUCUCAAAGUCCUAAAACUUUGCUUGAACCGAGUGCUGCUUUUUUACCUCUUAGGACUCAUGGUCUUGAAACAAAAGUGAGAUCCAGAGAGGAUACUAUACAGCCAGAUUUUUAUAAUAAAAGUACAAUAACUCCUCCAAGUACAGUUUCUCAUGCUGAAGUACAGUCCAAAGAAAGUGGCAAAUCUUCACACCUGCCUUUGUUGCUGAAGAGGCCAAGAAGGACUUCUCACAUCUCUGAAUCUCAGUUAUCACUACAGCCAAAUGUGGAAGCCAAAUCAACAGAUGAGUCCCGGUUCAAAUGUACAAACAUGUUUUCAAAAGGUUCUACAACCAGCCAGCAAUCCACAGAUUCAAUGUCUAGAGCCAAAGAGCCCAACUUUGUCAAAUCCCAUUCUACCUCUGUGAAUCCUGUCAGUGAAGUAGCAUCAUUGUAUCAACAAAACCCAGCCAUCCAAACUGGGCAAACUAUCUCAAGCAAUACAAUUUCUUUGCCCAACCUGACAAACAAACCAGGAGAUGUAACAACUAUAAGAAAUAGAGAAAUCAUAGAUCUAACAUUAGAUAGUCCACCCCGCACACCCCCAUCUAUGCAUAGCACCUCAGUUGUGCAGGCAGAUACUCAGCAACAUCAGUUGUGUGACACACUUCAGAAGCCUGCACCAAAUGUUGCUGUGAACAACCAACUGUGUGACCCUUCUCAUGGGAACGGGGGGAUGAAUACUGGCACUGCUCUUCUCAGUCACAACAUUCUACCUCAGAUUUUACACCUUUCACAAGCAUCUCAAGAUGAUGCAAAAGAGUUUGCACAGGAAUUAGUGAAUGUCCAAUUCGUAGUCAUAGCUCAGCCAAACAAGUUGCCCGUGACUUUUUCUACUGGAGCUGGGACAUGUGCAUCACAGGGUCUGUCAGACAAGGCUUUAGCUGAUUUGAUUAGCUCUUUUGCUUCUCAGGCUAGUGCCAGCACCAGCAUGGUUCUUCAGAGUCAAGCACAGACUAGUUCUAGUGCUAAUAAGGAAAUGAAUCUUGAGCUAACUGAUUUCAAGUCAAAAGAAAAAGAACAACAAACAUUGCUUCCAGAAUCUUCGACAUAUGAUUUAAAUAGCCAGUUGACAAUACAGCCUUCUAGAAGUGUUUCCCAAACAGAAUGGAGUGGCGGGCUAACUACUGCAGUGACUAACAGUAGUACCUUUAAGCCCUCAUCCAGUGGAUUGUCUUUGUCAUUUUCUACCACUCAGCCCAUUUCUCCCUCCAUGAAAUCCCCAUCAGUACCAAUACCAUGUCCCUCCAAACCCCAGCUGGCCUCAGUGGUCAUGUUCACACGUGCCACUAAUACCCCAUCUGGUGCUGUUGGACCCCCUAACAUAACUGUGAUGUCACCUUCAAGGCUCAGGCUUGAGCCCAGUACCAUCUUAUCAGCGGUUGUAACAACAAGCCAGUUAAGUGUUACCACUUCAUCAUUGGUAACAAGCACUGUAACUACUCCCAGAGCACAGGUUAGUAUAUCUAGAUCAUCUACAGGGGAACAAGCCAAGCAAGCUUUUGAUUCAUCUCCCCAUUCUUUUGCAAGAAGUUUGCCUUUAAAGAUAUCUACACAUUCUGAACAAACUUCAAACAUCAGAACAGCAGAUUUGAGUUCAGUACCACCACUAGCCAAGAGAGCUUUGCCAGCUACAAAAAAUAUGCCAGCUCCAAAACCUAAGAAGAAUACUGUGUUAGAACUUUUAAAAAACAAAGAACUAGCAAGAGUAGCAAGUGGUGCUGUUACCACUUCAGCAUCACUGUCUGUAGCUGUUAAUCAACACACUAAUGUGUCUAGUUCAACAGCAACAAACCCUAGUGCAGUACCUUUUCUAUUCAAGAAUGGCCCUCUGUUAAUUAACCAAUCUAGCAGUCAAGCUCCAUCUUUGACUAGUAACUCCAAUAUUGCAAACAUUACUUUAUUACCAGCAAACAUUAAGACAGCACUAGAGCCACAUCAGCUAGUUAUUCGUCCUAAUGCUUUACAUGAAGCUAAAAUUGCACCUCUGGGAAUACAAAUAAUCUCACAAGUUCCGAUCCAGCAGCAGACAAGUGGCUGCUCUGAAGGGUCUGUUUUGCCAAAGCUGGCUAUAACUCCACAACUGCAAAUCUCUGCUGCACAAACAGCCAAUGUAUCUAAACCAUUGUUAUCAUCAGAGUCAAAGUUAAAAAUUAUUAGCCAGCCAAGAAGCUCAUUAUCUUUGCUAGCCAAACCCAUAGUAUCAGGGGAAAAGCAUUUUACUCUAAUUAACUCAAAACAAAGCAAUGAAACUUCUAUCCAGAAAAGCUUUGUUAGGUCAGACUCUAGUGGAAUAGACCACAAUCUGAUUGCUGGUCCCAUCAUCCCAUCCACAUCAGUAUUGCAGUUUCAGAAACCCAAGCUAAAUACAUCUUUCAGCUCUUCAGAUGCUGUUCAUUCCAUGGCUACUUCUAAUGCUACUUUCAAGCUCAAAUUACCAUCUCAGCAUGUGAAUUCAAAUGUGAAACAGUUUUCUGAAAGGAAGACUUUGCUAUGCACUCAGCAAGACAGUUCACCUAAUGCCAUAUUGUUAAGUUCACAGCCAACAAAAGCCCAGCAAUUAUCAGAGCCACAGUUGUGUAAAUUCUCCUUUGCUCAGCCUGUCCUCACAGCGUCUAACCCAAUGCUCUCCAAUAUGCUCUUCUCUAAUCAAGCCACCUUGCCAUCACCCAGACUACCAGACUCUUCUCAUCAUGUGCCUGAUGGGUCUGACCAUUAUGAUCAGAAGUCACACAAAGUAAACGUGGUCAAUGCCCAGCCAACCAUAGCAAGGAUGUUGCGAGCUAAUGGUCCUCUGGCUACACCUCAACCCACUACUGACAUGCCAAGUGGAACACAAAGUUCUAAACUUACUUCCAACUUCUCUCCCUUUUCUAAAAAUAUGUCAAGUUCCACAGCCCAUCAGCAUGCUUCAAGUCACAAUUCCAUGGCUGGAGAGUCAUCAAAGUCAUCUUUCAUUCAAAGUCACACUAAACAUGAAAAAGAUCAUUUUAAAAAUGGAAGAAUUGAUAAAAUAAUCAAUGAUAUUUACAAUAGAGAUGAAGAUGGGGAGGAAACAUUGCAUCUUGAAGACAACCAGGCUUAUUUCAAGAAUUCAAACUCUGCAACACUCCAACUAACUAAUAUGCAGACUUCAAUGGUCCAGGAAACAGCUAAUAUGUCUAGUAAUGAGAUGAUAGGAGAUCUUGAACUGAGGCAAAUCAAUCCUAAUAUGAUAGAAAAACAAACACCCUCAUUGUCUGCAAAUGCCUCACAAACUUGGAAGAGUCCCAAGAAAGUGAAAGUUAGAAAGCUCAUUCCUAAAAUCAAUAAGAAGUGUGUUCAAUUUUCUGAUCAGCUGACAAAACCAUCAACUCUAUCCUCUUCUGACUAUUCUCACUCAACACUGGAUAAACAAAGCCAAUCAUCUAGUGUCUAUCCUAAAAGUUUUUCAUCACUAGAAAGGGACUUAAUCCAUAAUAGUCCAUCCCACCAUCAAGCUCACCAGGAAAAGAAUCCUUCUGAAAGCAGACUUCAAGAACUUUUGUCCCAUGACAACCAACAGGCAGACUCUGCCUCACAGCCAAGGCCCAGUCUUGCUGGCCAUCAGAAUGUGUACAAUGACAAGGCAAACCAAGUUAGGAGCCAUUUGGUUCCAGAAAGAUGUUCAGGCUAUGAGAAUUACCUCCAUGUCUUCAAGCAGCACUCCUCUGAGCCCACAGAAAAAAUAGCUGUUAAUACGGCUAGUAGUUUACCACUUACAACUGAUGUCUCAGUACUGUCCAAAUCAAGCAUGCAAAACAGUUCUUCCCCCUCAAGUUCUGACAGAGACCAGCAGUUGCCUCAGAAGGUGUAUGUCAUGCCACAAGAUCAACAUCAGUCAUUAGAUCAAACUCAGUUUGUCCAUAGUUCUUUUAAUAUUCUUUCAGACAAAGGCUACUUUAAGCUCAAUAAUACCAGAAAGGCUGCUGCUCUGAAUGCCUCAAACCCAUGUCUAAUGGAAGAUAAUAUCAUGAAAAAUGUCAGAUCUUUUGAAGGCAAUGCAACCUUGACACUUCAGCCCAACUGCUGGACCAAAAGAUCAGAGAAUGUUCAGUUCCUGUCGGAUCCACACCCAGUCCAGCAAGUCUCAAGUCUUCCAGCAGAGGAAAAUGUUUUAGCUCACAGUUAUCAACUAGCCCAACAAAUGAGUCAAGGCAGUGCUUCCUUCUCUAAAGAUAAUAAUCCAAGCAUUGAGACAGACAGUCCUGAAGGAUUAACUAAGCCAGAGUAUGCACAUCAGUUUAAAGCUGAGAGGCCUGCAUAUUUCCAUAGAAAGGUGGAGCAUCACAGAGUGCCCUCCUCACCUAGUGAGCUAUUACACCUGCCCUCCAAUAUUUUCUCUGAUUCUUUUGUAGAAGGUCACUUAAUGGAGCCUAUAGUUGCAGAGUCCUCCAUGGUUCUACAGUCUAUAAGCACUGUGAACAAGGACAUCAGUGAGAAGAAGCACGAGAACAAACAGUUGAGAAAAAAGAUUGCAAAAAUCAAACAAAAGCUGCAGAAAUCUGUUUCUGACAGCAACCAAAUGGCAUCCUCUACUGGAGAUGUACUUAAUGAGAAGAAGCUUCCACCAGAUGUUCACUAUCAACAGAAAGGGGAGUCACUGAAGAAGCAACCACCAGCAGGAAAUGUCAAUGUAAAGCAGUCACCAGAAUACUCCAGGCAUCUGCAAAUAAGAGGAAAGGAUCAUGUACAUGCUUUUCAAGGAGGCGUCCCAUUAGAAUCUGAAACAUUGUUUUCAGAGGAUAGCUUUGCUGGAGGAUUUACGCUAGAAUCGAAAGCGAGUCAUUUUUUUGACAGGCAAGAAUCCCCUGAGCUGUGCAUGAAAGAUAAAGAUCCUCUAGUCUCCUCCUCUAGUCUGAGCAGACCAUCUAGUCAAUUGGAAAUGGAACUAGUCCAGUAUGAUGCCCAUGCCAGACAAAGGUAUCCUUCCUCUGAAAAUAAAUCCACUCCCUUCAGGGGCAUAAUGGAGUCAGACAGUUUGUUGCCCUUGACAGAGAGGCACAGGAACCCAUCCUAUUCCCAGAGGUCUUCAGAUCUAGAUCUUUUCAAUGACAUAACAUAUCGACAAAGAAAUCCAUCAUCUUCCUCAAUGAAGUCACCAUAUGCUGAUUUUGAUUUUUUCAGCACUGAGUUUGGAAUCCGAAGCAGACACCCAUCUACUUCCUACAUGACAGAGUCAUUCACAGCAAUCAGAAGCAGGAAUCCAUCUGGCUCCUCCAAUCGUAGGAGUCGGCCAGGAAGCAGCAGCUCAGACAGGGAUUUUACAGCAAUUGAUGACUGGGUGGUGGCUUUCAACGAUAUUGCUCGGACCAGGAGCCGUAACAGCAGUGGGGAGUCACUGGAGCCCACUGUUGAGCCAAUGGACCACCACACUAUGCAGCUAUAUGGCCCACAAGGCAAACACUGAAACUGUUGAAUGUGAACAAUGUUGUUAUUUGUAUUUGUAUGUACCUGUGUUUGAUCUCGUGUUUCCCUGACUGAUUACCUUUUGAACAGUGGUGUAUAUUUAUUCAACUACUUUUCAAGAUCUACAUUUUGAAAGGCAUUUUCCAACAUGAAAGAAUCAUUUUCAUUCUUAUAUAUUCUUCUAUUUAUCUGGGAUUUCUUGAUCAUCAGGAUCACAUGUAUGACUCUAGCAGAAUGGGGCAAAAAUGGUACCUUAACAAAGUCUAUUUAUUGCAACCCUCCUGCUCUGGGAAUUUCUCAACAUAUUUAACUAUAGCUGUGAAUACAGAAGGAUUAAUUUUCCUUUUUGAUAUCAAACAAAAUAAUCAAUAACCAGUUAUAGGUUUAUUUUUUGUUUAUAUUUAUUCAUGUAUUGUCUAUGCCAAUGAAUAACUCUGGAAAGUUUCAACUUGAUCCGAGAAUGGAAAUGGGAGAAAUAACAUGUUCAAACGUUUUACCAGACAGACAGACAGAGUGAGACUUUGUAAAAUUAAAUUGUAAGCUUUGUAAAAUUAAGAAUGCCAUUUAUUUGUAAAAACACAAUAAAAAAAACAUGACAUUCUUUCUGUUAGGAUAUUUACAUCAGUGACAUUCUUUAAUGGGUUAUCAUUAAUAUGAGUAUACUGUAAAUAUUCUCUUUUAAUGAUUUCUUUUUUUUUUGUUUUGUUUUGUGGAAGGAUUGAUUAGUUCAUAGAUAUAUGCAGAAAAAUAUGUUGUGAAGGCUGGCAUUAUACUAUCUUGGAUGAAUUGAUUCAAUAUAAAAUUGUGCAAAUCUACUUUUUGGUUUCCUUUACAUUGUAAUGAGAUUGUGAUAUGUAAUACAGAUAUAUAUAUAUUUUUUGUCAUUCAACCUCCAGUAGUUGUAGUGUUAUUUCUUUGAAUGGAUGUCAGCUGAAAAGCUUAUAUAAUAAGUCUAUGGUUUUUAUUUGUAUGUAUUAUUUACAGGAGACACUUCACUUUUGAUUAGUCUUAACAAAGGACAAUUUUGAGUCAUCACUUCUACUUUGGACAAUUCAUGUCAUUUUAACAUUUGUAUUUUAUUCUUUGCAAGGCAGCCAGUAUCAACUGUAGCACAUUCAUGUUAAACAUCUGUCAUCCUAAGGUAAAAGUCAUAAUGUUUAUGUAGACUUAAUGGAGCACAGUGGUUAGCAACACUGUAGCUGAAAAGAACAUUCUAACUAUACAAUUGUAUUCAGUUUAAUAAUUCUGGUAAAAACUGAUAGCUUCAUUUCAGCAUGGCCAUCAUCCCCAUUGGCAAGUAUUCACAAAUUUAUUGAGAAUUAUUAUAUUGUCCCUUUGCAAUUAAUCUCACAAUGUUAAAUUGGGAUAAAUGACUGAGGCAAAAUAGUAAAGUGGUCUUCAAGACCUGUAGGGACAUGGACAGUAUUUCUGAUUCAUUGUGAUCUUUAAACUUUCUUUUUACUUUACAAUUCAAGUCAAUAAUGUUUGCUGUUUAUUUUGUCAUUGUUACUUGUCUGCUGUAUGCAUUCACUUCUUGGCUCUGACAACAUUGUCUAGUAUUCAUGUCAGAUUAGUUUCUUUGGUAUGUGCUUAGACAUAGACAACACAUUGACAAAUUCAAAUCAAGCACAUCUAUUAGACAGCAGCAUUGAUUCUGCAUCUAAUUAUACAAUUAUGCCUACACUGCCUAUAGUCUGUACCAGAUGUUUUUAAAAUGAGAUCCACUUGAUUCUUCAUUUCAUACAUUUAGAGGAACGUUUCCAUAUGUCCUCCUUGCUUUAGACAUUUUCUCUCCCUUUUGAGUCAACUGCUGGAAAUGUCUCUACAUUUACCAUUUGAUAAUAUAUGCAACUAAGAUUUAUGUUAUAAACUUAUUUCAUUGUAGAUGUUGAUGUUUCUUAAUGUGACUGCUUUGAAAUCACAGUUUUUGGGUAAGCGUUGUGUUGCUUUUCUUGUUAUUUAAGUGUUCUUGAUUUCUUAGGGUGGGAUAAUACAAAAUAUUAUGCAGAGCCACUUAGCUAGGUGAAGGAAAGUAAUCAGUCUUGAUGCUGAAGCAACAGCCACUUAGCUAGGUGAAGGAAAGUAAUCAGUCUUGAUGCUGAAGCAACAGCCACUUAGCUAGGUGAAGGAAAGUAAUCAGUCUUGAUGCUGAAGCAACAGCCACUUAGCUAGGUGAAGGAAAGUAAUCAGUCUUGAUGCUGAAGCAACAGCCACUUAGCUUGGUGAAGGAAAGUAAUCAGUCUUGAUGCUGAAGCAACAGCCACUUAGCUUGGUGAAGGAAAGUAAUCAGUCUUGAUGCUGAAGCAACAGCCACUUAGCUAGGUGAAGGAAAGUAAUCAGUCUUGAUGCUGAAGCAACAAGAGAAGAACAAGAUAAGGUUGUUUGUCAUUCCACUUGCUAAAAUGUAAGAUUCAUUAACAGGCACUUUUGAGGUAAUAUUAUGAUGAAGGAAUGAAAAACACUUCCCUUCUUGUUUGCCCUCAGCCUUGUUAAAAACAAGGCUGCACUUAAUGUUUGUUCAUUUGGCUGGACCAAAGUCUUGCUAGAUGGUCCUUUUGUUUUGGACAGUUAGACAGUAAGUUGGGACUUAAGUGUUGCUUCACUUAACUGAUAUCUUCUGACUUCAUUGUAUACAUAUGUACAUAUACAACUGACCUAACAUUAUACAUUUCUAUAGAGUCUAGUCUACUUUGGUUUACAAAUAUAUAUAUACAUACAAUGCUAGGCUAUCUUUUUGUUUUAUUUUGUACAUAAUUUGGUUAGUUGGAUGUGUGAACAAUCUUUCUAGCUCUACAUUUAUUAUUUGGUUCUUUUAUUUUUAGCAAUAAAGUCUAACAAGAAUGA